AUGACUCUAAAUCUAGUCCGUCUCUUCCCUCUGGCGGCUGCCGUUCUUGCUGACACUGGUAUCACCACCCGAUACUGGGACUGCUGCAAACCGUCGUGCGCUUGGCCUGGCAGGAGUCAGGUAUCGGAACCCGUUCGAACCUGCAAUAAGAACGACAGAUGGCCAAACCCGCUGAACUCUAGCGCCCAGUCGUCUUGCGAUGGUGACGACGCGUACACUUGCAGCAACAAUGGACCGUGGGUUGUCGACAAUAACCUGGCGUAUGGAUUCGCAGCGGCCAAACUUGCUGGGAAGUCUGAGCAGGAUUGGUGCUGUGCUUGCUACGAGCUCACCUUCACGUCAACGUCGAUCACCGGGAAGCAGAUGAUAAUCCAGGUGACCAACACUGGCGGCGACCUUGAAAACAACCACUUCGAUCUCGCCAUCCCCGGCGGUGGCGUGGGCAUGUUCCCCCAGGGAUGUCAAUCACAGUUCGAUGGCGCGUGGAUGGGUGACACAUAUGGCGGCUACCAGAACAGGAACGAUUGUUACAAUCUUCCCGAGGGCCAAUUCCGCGACGGCUGCUUCUUCCGUUUUGACUGGUUCCAAAACGCCCAGAAUCCAACUGUCGAGUUUCAUGAGGUGUCUUGUCCGCAGGCCAUGAUUGACAGGACGCACUGUGGUCGGUGGAGUUACAAAGACUUCGUCGACCAAGGCAAAGACGGGCCAUUGGAACGGGUGGGACUAGAAUUGUAG